UAUUACAGUUAAACUCAACUGGGAGCUCAGCGAGACACAAGCAGAAAAGAAAAGGGGUGACAGCAGACAAAUCCAAUUUAAAAAUGUCACUUUCAACUCUACAUUUUGCUAUCCUGUUCAGCUUACUAGGAGGUACUCAUUUAGUCAUCGUCACAAUUCCAGAAAAAAAUAUAAAUGUAACUGACGGCCAGUCUGUGACUCUCCUGUGCACUUUCACCACUACAGCAUCUGAGACAAACUUGAAUAUUCAAUGGAGUUUUAUUUCAUCAAAGUCUAUGACCCCUGUCCAGAUCUAUUACUAUGAAGCCGCCCAGACUUUCAUUUCUAAGCAAUUUCAAGGAAGACUUGGUAGAGUGGCUGGACAGAACAACGCUUCAAUAACCAUCAACAAUACACAGCCUUCAGACUCUGGAAUGUAUACCUGUGAAGUCAACAACAUGCCUGACUUUCAGGGGCACAACCAAGGGAACAUCUUUUUGUCUGUUUUAGUCAAACCUUCAACCCCUUUUUGCUCUGUCCAUGGGACAGUGGAGUCAGGUCACCUUGUAACACUGACAUGUCACUCUGAACACGGUACACCUCCUCCAGCCUACACCUGGAACAAAGUGGAUAAAGAGACCAAUAGAAACGUACUUGGGACAAUGAACAUCCAGACUGGAGUGAUGAAAAUUUCCAAUCUGUCUCAGUUUGAGUUUGGACAGUACCAGUGCAAUGCCUCCAACAUCUUGGGGUCUGCAGUUUGCGUCGUUGAACUAUACGAAGUUCCCCAUGGGGCAGAGGUCGUAGGAGCGGUGAUUGGGGCAGUUUGUGGAGCUGCACUCAUUGGCCUCAUCGUGUGGUACGUGACACAUAAAAUGAGGAGGAGGAAAUACAAAGCUGGCAAAGCAGCUGCUACUGACAUGGAGGUGAAAGCUCCGGUGGAAGAUCCGGUGAAGUACCAAUCCGUCCCCACUGCAGAGAAUGAACCGGUCUCCAAUGCUGCAGAAGUCCCACCAGAGUCCACACCUGGUGAGGACAAACCUGAGCAGGAAGAAGCGUAGGUCACUGUGCUCAUGUAAAGUUGAAAGGUCACCCAUCAAAACUGUCAGUUGCUUCCAACAAGCUUCUAUCAAUCACACCCAAUUUACAACCUCAUGUGACUGCAUAUCAAGAAGAAUGUGUGGUCUCCUUCGUAUCUUGAUUCAAAACAAGGAAGUAAAAUGUAAGACUAUAUUGUAAAACUCAGUGCCACCAUUCAAUUGAGUACAUUGGGUACAUUUAGUACAUUGAGUCAAAUUUAAAAUUCCAAAGUUAACCGAUUACAAAGUUUGCAAGGGAAAAUAUAAACUGAUUAAUCUAAGUGCACAUUAAAUACCAUGGUCCGUUUUUGACUAAAUCAGGAUAGCAGUUAAAAUAUAUCUGGAAGAAUUGAUGGUUUUAAAUCUAGCCCGCUUUUACAGUUGUUUCAAAAUAGUGUUCUUACAAUGUUUAAUUAUUCAUCAGGACAUAAACAUUAAUGUCAACGCAGACCUUAUUAAUUAAAAUGAUUAAUUUAAAUAACAUGUGACAAAGUCUUAUUUUGCAUUUACUAAUCUGGUGUUACAAAUCUACACUAUAUUGCGAUCAAUGUAAUAAAUCACAUGAUUAUCUUCAAGAAAGUGAGAGGCCACUGGGUAAAUCAAGUGUACCCAUUGCACCUUCUUGAGGAUAUUUGUUUUAAUGCACUUUUGGUCUUACUAACUUGCCUAACUUGUGUUUACUCAACUUAAUUUUCAAUAUGGUUUUUCUGUUCAAUGCAAUAGCACUGUAAUACAGUAUGUGACUUUUUGCAUCCCUAUACAGGUCAAAAUAACCUGAAAGGAUGUAUUUUGUGUACUACACUGGAUGUUUCCAUGCAGAAACACCAAAUGCAUUAGUAAAAUCAAAAAACAAAGUAAAGCCAAACAAUGCAGCUCUAUAAAAUAUAAUCCAGUGGUCACUCAUUUUGUUGAUGACUUUUCUCACUUGAUACUGUAUGUACUUGUGUAUGUAUUAAGUCCAUAUCUCUAUAAGGAGGCAUUUUGGAACCCAGUGCAAUGCAAUGAACACUGACUUAAACCUUGAUCAUUUAUUGUAUUUAAAGACAUUUGUACAACUCUUGUGUAUAUGUAUUACAUAACUAAACAUUGUACCGUCUUUGAAUAAAUCAUUUGGUAGUGGUAACCAAUUUAACAGUUUUGCAUUUUUAAGAGUUAUGUGCACGCAAGUCUAUCUACUUUUAGAUUAUCUAGGUAUCUUGAUGGGCUAUUUAUAACAUAAGCAAUUUACAAAUUGAUUAAUUAAUGAGAAAUAAGGAUUAUUUUCACAUGGUAUGUUUUAUAGUGUUUAAUGUUGAGUAAAUUGAUGUUCUAAUAAUGUUUUUUUGCCAACAUUGAUGGCAUAUAAUUUUUACAAUGGAUUAGAGAGGGUGGUCAUUUGAUUGCUUUGAUUUAUUUCUGCUGGAUAUCACCUCGUUAACUUGGAGUGUGCAUUCUUUUUACUUUGUUGAAUGUUAUAGCAAUUCUCACAUUCCUUUUUUUACUAUUUCAAUCAUGCCUGAAAAAUUCUGAAUGUGAUUGUUCCCGAUUAUGUUUUUACCAUUGUUACAGUAUAACAGCUGCCAAAAUAAAAUAAUUAGUUGGCUACAGUUUGUGUAUGUUUGGCUAUAUGUACUGUGUGUUGUUCAACAUAUUUUAAAU